CCGCCGAUCCGCGCCAUGGCGGGGGUGCCGCCGGCGCAGCUGGGGUCGCUGUGGUCGACGCUGGAGGACCAGCGGGGCGGCGGGCGCGGGGACGUGCCGCUGCUCUCGUCGACCUGGAGCCUGCCGGGCGGCGAGGGGGCCAGCAAGGAGCAGGAGCGCAAGGGGCCGCUCCGGCGCGCCGGCGCCGCGGUGGCGGGGGCCUGGGGCGCGGUCUGCGACGGGGUCGCGGAGAUGUGGGCGUUCGCGCGCGCCGACCGCCGGAGGCCCGUCUUCGCCGCCAAGGUCGGGGUCGCGCUAGCCCUCAUCUCGCUGCUCGUCUUCCUCCGCGAGCCGCGCGAGAUCGUCAGCCACUCCAUCUGGGCCGUCCUCACCGUCGUCGUCGUCUUCGAGUUCAGCAUCGGUGCAACAUUGAGCAAAGGUUUCAACAGGGCAUUAGGAACACUUACUGCAGGAGGGCUUGCUCUAGCAGUUGCCGAAUUAUCCAAAAACUUGGGGGCAUUGGAAGAAGUGAUUCUUAUUAUUAGCACCUUUACUGUUGGUUUUUGCACAAACUUGAUAAAAUUACACCCAAAGAUGAAGCCUUAUGAAUAUGGAUUUCGUGUAUUCUUGCUGACAUUCGUUUAUGUCAUGGUCUCUGGGUACAACACGGGGAAAUUCACUGACACGGCUGUAAGUAGAUUUGUAUUGAUUGCUAUUGGUGCUGCUGUCAGUCUCGGAAUCAACAUUGGUAUUUACCCAAUCUGGGCUGGAGAGGAUUUGCACAAUUUGAUUGCAAAGAAUUUUGCUGGUGUUGCCAAAUCCUUAGAAGGCUGUGUCGAUGGAUACCUGAAAUGCAUGGAGUAUGAAAGGAUUCCUUCAAAAAUACUUACAUAUCAAGCUUCUGAUGAUCCUCUAUAUAGUGGGUACAGGGCAGCUGUUGAGGCAUCAGCACAAGAGGAAACUCUGUUAGGUUUUGCUAUAUGGGAACCACCCCAUGGCCCUUACAAAAUGAUGAGCUAUCCUUGGAAGAGCUUCACUAAAGUUGGUGGAGCAUUAAGGCAUUGUUCCUUUGCAGUUAUGGCAUUGCAUGGUUGCAUUCUUUCAGAAAUUCAGGCACCGCCAGAAUACAGAAGGCUUUUUAUUUCAGAAUUUCAUAGAGUGGGCAGAGAAGGUGCUAAAGUGUUGCGCGAGCUUGGAGACAAUGUUAAGACAAUGAACAAGUUGAGAUCUUCAGAUAUACUAUUUGAAGUCCACUUGGCAGCUGAGCAGUUGCAAAAAAAGAUUGAUGAGAAGUCAUACCUCCUGGUGAAUACCGAAAGAUGGGACACUAGCAAGCGAGCUGAAGGAAUCAAAGAUGCCAUGAAUGGCACCGGUGUCGUGGCAAAAGAAAAUAAGAAUGAUGUGGUGGAACCUACAAUAGCUGAUCAAACUUCGGCGCAUCAUUAUAAGAGCUUUGCUGCUAGUUCAUUUCUUAGCAGAUAUGAUUCACAAUCAACUAUAGACGGUUACAGGACACUACUAGCUUGGCCUACUCGAAGAUCAUUCCAUCCAAACUUGCCACUUGAAGACGAAGAGUCAAAAACAUAUGAAAGUGCAAGUGCUUUAUCCCUGGCCACAUUUGCCUCACUUCUAAUCGAGUUUGUUGCCCGGCUACAGAAUGUUGUUAACGCAUUUGAAGAGCUGAGUGAGAAGGCUAAUUUCAAGGAUCCUGUGGAAGAGCCUGCUGCAGUUAGCACAGGUGAUGGUGGGAUUCUCCAUAAAAUAUGCAAAUCUCUUGGACUGAGGAGUUGACAUUGACAAUGACACUUCAAGGUUCCUCCAUCUGAAACCUUGGCACUUGCCUUUGUCAUCCAGUUUUGUACAAUAAUUUGGGACCAAGACAUGUGUAUAAUACUGAACUUGUGUAUAAGCAAUGAGAAGAUUGCUGGCUGUAUUGCUAAUGGAGCACAUGUUUACUGCCACUGAAGUGGUCAACUAUGGUAAAACUGUUGAUCCAUGUAUUUCUAUAGUGUGUUUAAGCACCCUAUAAAUAGUGUGUUAACUCUGAUUAAUCAGCUAGUUGGUAGUUACAUGGGAAGCUCAUGUAUAUUUCGUGUAACAAGGAUGUUUUCUUGACCUACUUGAUUGGAAGGUAGCUGUGUUGUAGUUUGCUCAUAAGUCAUCAUAGUGCUUUUC